AUUCAGGGAGACAAACAGAAAAGAGGAAGUACAAUUGUUCACAAGACAACUGGGUAGAAGUUAAAGCUGUGACAAAAGACAACUCUCAAAACAUCAGCGCAUUUUCUGCUAUUGGUGAAAAAUAUAUUCUGUCAGUAAAGAUGGAGGCAUUAACAAUCUUGUUUCUAUGUUUCUGUGCUGGUGCCACCAAUGGGUCCAGCAAAAUCAAAGUGGAACUGGAGGGAGACAGGCCGUUUCUGAGGGUGGCACUCUCUCUUGAUGCCUACCUCAAAUGCUGCUACAAAGCAACAGAUGUUUCCUUGGAUGUCAGCUGGGUUGUCACACCCCCAAAUAAAAACCGCAAGGACAGCAAAACAAUGAAUGUGACUGUGAAUAAUAGCACCGCCAAUGGGGUCAUGUGUCACUCAUUAAUUUUGCAGAAUGUCAAUAUGAUUGACACUGGGUUCUACCAGUGUGUCCUCAAUGGCAGCUACCUGAAGGAAGCUGUGUGGACCCACGGCACCUACCUGCAAGUCUACAGGAAGGUGGCAAAAACUCUGGACAUCAGCGAGGGUGCCAAGAACAGCAUCCUCACCGCUGAGGGUGUGUUCCUGAUGUUGGGGGUGAUUUUUCCUGGUUGCAUGAUGCUCUGUAAGUCAAAUAAAUCCAUUGAACAGAAGAACAGAAAGCUCAAAGAGGAAAAUAUCUAUGAGGGUCUAAAUCUGGAGGAAUGCUGCUCUGCAUAUGAUCAGGUCCAGCGUUCUCUGGUGCAUGAGCCCUAUCAAGAUGUGGGAAACAUGAUACCGGAGGAGGAGGAGGAGGAGGAAAUCCAACUGGAGAAUCCUUAAAUGAGAAGGGAGGGAAGGAGAGUUAUUUGAAAGAUAAGAAUUGUGCACAUUGGAAUUCAUAGAGGUGACCUGCAUAUUCCUUGCAAAUAUUGCCUGUAUUAGAUAUAUUACAUAAAUAAUCUAAUUUCUGGACAAAAAUGGAAGUUACUUUCAAUAUUAGAGGGCCUUUUGCUUUCAACUUCACCUUUCAUUACCUAUGGCAAUACCUGAACAAUUUAUAUUCAUACGUUUAUUUCAGCAAUAAUGCAUUAUCUAUGCUUUUAUGUUUAUAGAGGUUUUUUUUGUCUCCAAUCUCCAUCAAUCAGUAAAUCAUACUUGCAAAACAAAUUGCAAAAAUAAUUGCCUAAUGAAGCAAAAAAAAAAUGUGCCUAAUGAUCGCUUAACUGCAAUUCCGCUUGCAGAUUUGUUGUGAAUCCUUUACAUCAUGUUCCUUUACUCUGCAUGAGUGAGACACUUUUGAUGGCCUUGUAAGUUGCUUUACCAUUUCUGAAAAUGUAUUAAAUGUGUGGUGCCAGUUCUGCUCCACUCUUCACC